GCUCGUCCAGGUAUGUUCCUUCCACCCUACAUUCCGGAUGGAUUGCCUCGGCAGGAAGCAUCCAUCUCCAAAUGCCGCGAGAAAUCCAAAGAACAAUCACAAACGCUGCUUCCAGUGCUCCGCCAAGGGCCAUUUCGCGGCAUUCCGAUUCAAGGGCGCGGCUUCUCGAAUCCAGGCUCGAGCUAACAGCGGCAGCCAGAGGAGUUCUUCCAGCGAAGCGCUCCAGGCGUACAUCAGGACUUACACCUCGGAAGAGUUUGAGAUCCACAAGAGCUCCGUGGAACUUAUCUCGUCGCUGCUGAGAAGGAAGAGGCCGGGCGAUGAUCUUCGGAAGCUCCUGGAUGGAUGCUCGCGGCUUUUGGACCCGGAUGUGGUCGUGGCUGUCAUGAGAAGAUCUUCCAGGCCGGAUCUGGCUAUCCAGUUCUUCGACUGGGCCGGAGAACAGGACGGAUACAAGCACGACGUCCACUCCUACAACCAUCUUUUGGAUAUCCUCGUCAAGAGUGGACACCAGUUUAGAACAGGGAAAGUCUACAAGGAUUUGCUUCACAGUGGCUGCUCGCCAAACCUGGUGACUUUCAAGAUUUUGAUCCGCGGGAACUGCAAGGCAGGACAAGCGACGAGAGCACUGGAGUUUCUCCGCGCUCUCGAUGAGUUUUCAGUUGCUCCAGACGUUUACAUCUUCAACUUUCUCAUUCAUGGCCUAUUCAAGGACGGGAAUCCGGAUCAAGCAGUGAAGUUGUUUGAGAAUAUGGAGAGCUCGAGAGUGAAUCCGGACAUCUUCACGUACAACACGGUUAUAAGUGGCUUGUGCAAAAGUGGAAACCUGGAAAAAGCGAGAGAGCUGCUGGAGGAGAUGAUCCGGAGAGGAGGGAAGAGUGCUCCCGACAUUGUGACUUACAAUACGCUGAUCAACGCGUUCUACCGAGCUAGCAGGAUCCGAGAGGUGUGCGAGUUCCGAGAGAAGAUGAAAGCCGCGGGGAUCAACCCCGACGUGCUGACUUGCAACAUACUCGUGAGCGGGAUCUGCAAAGAUGGCGAUGUUGAAGAAGCUCUCGAGAUCUUGGACGGCAUGAAGCUCGCAGGCCCGGCUCCCGAUGUGAUCACGUACAACAGCAUCAUCCACGCGCUGUGUGUGGCCGGCAGGGUCGUCGAGGCAGCCGAAAUCCUCAAAACCAUGAGCUGCAGCCCGGACUUGGUCACUUUCAAUACCCUGCUCGAUGGCUUCUGCAAGGCCGGCAUGCUCCCGCGGGCUCUGGAAGUUUUGGAAGAGAUGUGCCGGGAGAACAUCCUCCCGGACGUGAUCACGUACACCAUCCUCGUCAACGGGCUAUGCCGGGUGGGACAAGUCCAAGUCGCGUUCUAUCUCUUGGAAGAGAUCGUACGCCAAGGCUACAUUCCCGACGUGAUCGCCUACACGAGCCUGGUCGACGGCCUGUGCAAGUCGGGAGAGAUCGAAGAGGCUCACAAGCUCGUCAAAGAGAUGAGCGUCCGGGGAUGUAGAACAGGAGUGGUGAUGUACAGCAGCCUGGUGAGCGGCUACUGCAGGGCCGGGAACGUCCACAAGGCCAGGGAAAUCCUCGCAGAGAUGGUCUCCAUCAACAUGGUUCCGCCGCUCUUCACGUACAACAUCGUUCUCGGUGGGCUGAUCAAGGACGGCAGCAUCUCCAAGGCCGUGAGCUUGAUCUCGGACCUGGUCGCUCGGGGCUACGUCCCCGACGUGGUGACUUACAACACUUUGAUCGAUGGGCUGUGCAAGGCGAACCGAGUGAGAGAAGCUUGUGACUUAGCGGACGAGAUGGCGAGCCUCGGGUGUUUUCCAAACGACGUGACGCUGGGGAGCGUGGUUUUUGGGCUGUGCCGGGUGGGAAGAGUGGACGACGCGUGGAGCCUGGUCGUGGAGAUGAGCAGGAAGAGGCACGCUCCAAACGUGGUGGUGUAUACUUCGCUCAUCGAUGGCCUGUGCAAGAGCGACCGGAUGGACGAUGCUUGCGUGGUGCUGGAUGCGAUGCGAGGCCAGGGCGUUGCGCUGGACGAUUUCGCGUACAGGAAACUGAUUGUGAGCAUGAUCCAUGGGGGCCGGGUUGCCGAGGCGAUGGCGAUGUAUGACGAGAUGGUGGCGAGAGGCUUUCUCCCCGAUGGCUCCACAUCCAAGACUUUGGAAGAGGCUGCUAUGUCAAACUCUGUUUUUGAGUGGACGAACCUGGAAGAAAACGCUUCGAGCGAUCGAGUAUGAACGAUGGCUCCGCCUCCAAAGAGAUACGCUGUCAAAUGAGUUUGGAACGAUCGAGUAUGAAAGAUGGCUCCACACCCGGAAGAGGCUGCCUCGUCAAAUCCUUGGGAGGAAGAUUUUUGGAACGAUCGAGCAUUCCAGUCCCAGUUCCAGUGCUGAAAAUCUUCUGAGAACCAAGGAUGGAGACACCCAUCUUAAAAACUCGAAAAGCAAGCUCUAUACAGUUUUCAACACUGCUCUAUACAAGGCAGAGUUUUCUUC